AUGGGGCUGCGGGCCUGGCUGCGAUCGCUCGGCUGCUGCGGCUGCUGCGGCGGGGAGGCGGCGGCGCCCGAGAAGGAGCCCCUGCUCAGUAACAACAACCCCUACGCGUCCUUCGGGGCCACGCUGGCGCGGGAUGAGGAGCAGAACCUGUGGAGCACCCCCCACGACGUGACCCACACCGAGGCCGACGACGACCGCGUGCUCUACAACAUGAUCGUGGUCAGGAACCAGCUGGACAAGGACUCGGAGGAGUGGCAGAAGCUCAACUAUGACAUUUAUACUUUACGGCAGACCCGGAAAGAAGUGAGGAGCAGGUGGAAACACAUUUUGGAGGAUUUAGGUUUCCAGAAGGAAGCAGAUUCCCUCUUGUCAGUGACCAAACUCAGCAUCAUCAGCGACUCUCAGAACAUGAGCAAAGCCAGGGACAUCUUGUUGAAGCUCUCAGAAGAGACCAACAUCUUCCCCACCAGCUGGGAACUUUCUGAGCGCUACCUCUUCGUGGUGGACCGCCUCAUCGCCCUGGACGCUGCUGACGAGUUCUUCAGGAUGGCCAGCGCGGUGUACCCCAAGCGGAGCGUCCCCGCCGUGCCCUGAGGGACGUGCCUCGGCGUGUGACACAGCUGGCACUCCCAGACGGGCUGCUGUGCCCGGGGACAGCAGGGGAGUGCCCUCCUGGUGGCCCUGUGGAGAAGCGAGUGGGUGCAGCAGGGCGAGCUGUGCCCGCGGAAAGGGACCCAGGGGCACCACGAGUGACAAGUGCCCCAGAGCAGCCCUGGUGGGACAGCACUGGCCAGCAGUGGAUGCUGGAGGCACGGGGAGGAUCUGCCAUGUGAGGCGUUGCUGCCAGGAGCUGCAGGUGCCUCUGGUGCCAAGGGCUGUGAGGAAAUCCACCUUUCCACCUGGCUGGUACCUGCCACUGUCCCCUCCCAGCGAGACAGGAAAAGCACCUCUGUGUCUGCAGCUCCAUGACUCUGUGCACUGGUCCUCCUCCUCACCCCGGCCCCCCAGGGGAUUUGGGAAAGAGGCAGGAGCUGUGCCAGGACAGGAUUUAGUUCCAAGCAGCAAAACCUUGGAGCAGUGUCACGGUUGGGUGCUCCAUCCCCAGCCAUUAGUGGCUGAGGGAUGUCUUUGUCGGGGUGCUCAGCUUGACAUCUUAAAAGAAGGUAGAGUUUAGGAAGGUGCCAGCCAAGUUCAGAGCUGCUGAGAAUUUGGCUCCUGGAACAUUGGUUGCCCAGCAUCUCAACCUAUUUUGAAAAGUUUUGGUCUUAAUUGCCUAAAAACCCUCCACCACAAAGCUGCAUGUACUGGCAAUAUAAAAAUCCUCAUUACCAGCAGGGAUGGUGUAAUGAACGUCCUUUUUAUCUUGGGGUUUUGUCUGAUAAUGAGCAAUAAUUUUUUAAACACUGGAUUUGAUAAUUUAAAAACAAGUGGAAGUUCUUCACUGAUGAACACACAUGCUGCUAAUUGUCCAGUUGAAAAUGCUGGUUACAUGGGGCCUCCCAAAGUAGCAAACCAGAGCUUUUAUUUGUUUAUACCUACAACGUUUGAAAAAAAAUAUUUAUGAGCUGUUUUUGUUUGUCAGUCUUCCUGGGAAGCAUUUUUGUCAACUCAGAACAGCAGUGAAAGCUGAGUUUAAUAAAGAAAACAUUACAAAA